ACAUUACUCCCGGGCUGUUUCGGGUUUGACUGCGGCAGUGUCGGUAAAUGAUCAGCUGCUGCUCCGGGCAUGGAAAACUCAGCUAUCCGACUCGAAUACAGCAAAAGAACCGGGCCGAGGGGAAAGUCUGCUGCAGGUUUACAGGUUCCUCUGUAGCAGUAGAAAUGUCCUCCAGAAUGAGUGAGUCUGUGAAACAGGACAUAAAGAAAGAUGAGAGUCUGAUUCAGGGUAAGAGAUCAGACUCACCUGAACCCAGCUGUGUGUCCAUGAAGAGUGACUGGUCAAUAAAUGAGCCAAUACUCUUUAAAGACACAGACUGUACUACUGAUCUGAGACUGCAGAAGAAGAAAUCAAAGAUCGCUGAGAAGAGUCAUUUAGAGGCCAUGUUCAAGGAUCUGGAGCACAAAGUCAUCAGUCUCAUACAGAAUGAACUGAAGAGAUAUAAGAAGCUCCUGAGUCCAGAUUACCCAGCAUGCUCUGAGAGGAAGGUGGAGGAUGAGGAGGAUCAGAGCAGUGUCAGAGAGGAAGUGCUGAAGAUCACACUGCACUUCCUGAAGAACAUGAAGCACACAGAUCUCGCUAACACACUGCAGAACAAACUCGUCUCUGUGUACCAGCGAAAACUCAAAUCCAAACUGAGAGAGAAAUGUAAAAGAAUUACUGAAGGAAUCUCACAGCAUGGAAGCUCAGCGCUUCUGAAUGAGAUCUACACAGACCUCUACAUCACAGAGGGUUGGAGUGGAGACGUCAAUAAUGAACAUGAGGUGAGACAGAUUGAGACAGUGUCCAGGAGACCAGCAACACAGGAGACACCCAUCAAAUGUAAUGAUCUCUUUAAAGACAAGUCCAUCAGAAGUGUACUGACUAAAGGAGUUGCUGGAAUUGGAAAAACGGUCUCUGUGCAGAAGUUAAUUCUGGACUGGGCUGAAGGAAAAGCAAAUCAGGACUUCACCUUCAUGUUUCCAUUUCCCUUUAGAGAGCUGAAUCUGAUGAAGCAAAAACAUCUCAGUCUGAUGGAUCUUCUUUAUCACUUUUUCCCUGAAAUAAAAGAAUUGCGAUUAAUAGACUGUGAGAGGAAUAAAGUGGUGUUGAUCUUUGAUGGUCUGGAUGAGUGUCGACUUUCUCUGAAUUUCCAACAAAAUGAGAGAUUGUGUGAUAUGACAGAAUCAGCCUCAGUGGAUGUGCUGUUGAUGAACCUCAUCAAGGGGAAUCUGCUUCCCUCUGCUCUCCUCUGGAUCACCUCUCGACCAGGAGCAGCCAAUCAGAUCCCUCCUGAGUGUGUAGACCAGGUAACAGAGGUACGAGGGUUCAGUGAUCCUCAGAAAGAGGAGUACUUCAGGAGGAGGAUCAGUGAUCAGAGCCUGACCAAUAAAAUCAUCACACACAUGAAGUCUUCCAGAAGCCUCUACAUCAUGUGUCAUAUCCCAGUCUUCUGCUGGAUCUCAGCCACUGUUCUAGAGAGAAUGUUGGGUGAAGCAGAGAGUGGAGAGAUCCCCAAGACUCUGACUCAAAUGUUUUCGCACUUCCUGAUCUUUCAGAUCAAACACAAGCACCAAAAGUACCAUCAGAUAUGUGACCCUGAUCCUCAGCAGACCAGAGAGAGUAUCCUGGCACUGGGAAAACUGGCUUACCAACAGCUGGAGAAAGGAAACUUGAUCUUCUAUGAGGAAGACCUGAGAGAGUGUGGCAUUGAUGUCAGAGAAGCAUCAGUGUUCUCAGGAGUGUGUACUCAGAUCUUCAGAGAAGAGUUUGGGAUUUACCUGGGGAAGGUGUUCAGCUUUGUACAUCUGAGUGUUCAGGAGUUUCUGGCUGCUUUAUACACAUUUCUCUCAUUUAUCAACAAAAAGAGUAAAAAAAAAAAAAACAGCCGGUCAGAUCUUUUUACCAAAUCAAACAUGUCUGCAUUCCUGAGGGGUGCAGUGGACAAGACCUUAAAGAGUGAGAAUGGACACCUGGACCUGAUCCUCCGCUUCCUUCUCGGUCUCUCACUGGAGUCUAAUCAGUCUCUCUUACGAGACCUACUGCCCCAGACAGGAAGUAGCUCUCACAGCAAACAGGAAACAGUCAAGUACAUCAAGGAGAAGAUCAGAGAAAAUCCAUCUCCAGAGAAAUCCAUCAAUCUGUUCCACUGUCUAAGUGAACUGAAUGAUGAUUCUCUAGUACAGGAAGUACAACGUUACCUGAACAGCAGUAAUUCCAGGUGUCUCAGUGGAGUCAGACUCUCUCCUGCUCAGUGGUCUGCUCUGGUGUUUGUGUUGCUGAACUCAGAAGAGCAUUUGGAUGUGUUUGAUUUGAGUAAAUAUGACAGAUCAGAUGAAUGUCUUCUGAGGCUGCUGCCAGUGGUCAAAGCAUCCAGAAAAGCUGUGUUGUGUUGGUGUAAUCUCACAGAGGAAAGCUGUAGAAUUAUGUCCUCAGUUCUCAGUUCAAACUCCUCCAGUCUGAGAGAACUGAACCUGAGUGGGAAUAAACUGCAGGAUUCAGGAGUAAAGCUGCUCUCUGCUGGACUGGAGAAUCCACACUGUACACUAGAGAUAUUGAGUUUUUGUUACUGUAAUCUCACAGAUGAAAGCUGUAGAAUUCUGUCCUCAGUUCUCAGUUCAAACUCCUCCAGUCUGAGAGAACUGGACCUGAGUGAGAAUCACCUGCAGGAUAUAGGAGUGAAGCUGCUCUCUGCUGGACUGGAGAAUCCACACUGUACACUGGAGAUACUGAGGCUGCGUUACUGUAAUCUCACAGAGGAAAGCUGUAGAAUUCUGUCCUCAGUUCUCAGUUCAAACUCCUCCAGUCUGAGAGAACUGAACCUGAGUAGGAAUAAACUGCAGUGUUCAGGAGUGAAGCUGCUCUCUGCUGGACUGGAGAAUCCACAAUGUACACUGGAGAUACUGAGGCUGGAUUGGUGCAGUAUUAGAGGUGAAGGUUGUGCAGCUCUGGUUUCAGCUCUGAGGUCAAACACCUCAUCACACCUGAGAGAACUGAAUCUGAAUUACAAUAAAGCAGGAGAAUCAGGAGUAAAGCAGCUCUCUGAUCUACUGAAGGAUCCACACUGUAAACUGGAGACACUACAAUAUAAGCAGUGAGGUUCCUGAUCUGAUCAGUGUUUUAUACAGAAGAUGAUGAGGAUAAACUCUUCCAGUACAAAGCUCAUUAUAACAGCUGUGAGAGCGGUUUUUCAGAUCAAUGUCCUGUUCCUGAACUCUCGAGAGCUGUGAUUGCUUCUCUUGCCUUUAAAUCUUCACUUCAUGCUCUUUUAUCGUGAGCUGCCAACUGGGAUCUACUGCACUGGCCAGAGUCUGCUCAAGACUUACCUCAUCCUCCUCCAGCUCAGUCAUGGCCUUCGUUCUGCUGCAAACCUGGAGAGGUUGGUAGGCUGUGUGGUGCCUCCUGGAAGUGCUUCCCAUUCUGGUAGGACCUGUUGGGUCACGAGUGUCUCAUAUAGUGGCAUUUUGCCUACAUUUAUGCAAACUGUCCAGCAAACUGGCACAUUGAAAAAAUCAGCAAAGAUGAACAGAUCAACCUUCCUGCAUCUAUCAAAGUCCUCCAAUGUAGGACAGAACAUAAACAUAACUAAAUCAAAUGCCAUAAUACCACCAACAUAAUACACCAAAACAGCACAAAACUCCAAAUAUGUUAUGAUCCAGUCUACUGAAGAAGCUGCUCGGAUGAGUAGUGAAACAUUUUCCUCCAACCGGAUAGAAGUCCAAGUAACAUGAUUCAACUUGCAGAUAACCACAGCUGGAUAACUGACAAUCUUCACAGACAGACUGAGUCUAUGGUCAGACCACACAGAGUCAAGUCAAGAAGCUUUUAUUGUCUUUUCAACCAUAUAUAGCUGAUGCAGUACACAGUGAAAUGAAACAACGUUCCUCCUGAACC